AUGGCCGACGCGUCUCUCGCGCCUGCGCCUGCGCCAACCUCGGCGAAGGUCGCCACCGCCUCGUCGCCUUCAGAGCCGCCCUCGUCGCGCGACUCGGCUCGCCUGCCCCGCGCCGCCAUCGCCGAGCGCAUCACGCGCGGCGAGCUCCUCGUCCUCCACCCUCCCCUCGUGUACCGAGUCCCUCACGCCUGGCUCAACCUGCACCCGGGCGGCCACCACUCGAUCCUCCACUACGUCGGCCGCGACGCGAGCUGCGAGAUCGAGGCGUACCACUCGGGCCGCACCGUCGCCGAGCGCAUGGCCCGCUGGACUGUCGCCCGGGUCGACGUCGACGACGACGACGACACGCUCGGCGAGGGCUGGCGCGACAUGGUGCCGCCCAUCCAGCUCGGCAUGUGGCCCAUCCCCGUCCCCAAGAUCACCGUCACGGCGUCGAGCCCGCCCGUGUCGCCGUCCAAGGCGCGUCGGCCACAAGGAGGAGCGCCGUCCGCCGCCACGUCGGCGUCGGGCGAGGAGGACGGCGCUGCACCCGUCCUGACGGCCGCCAUGGUCGACCCGCCACUGGCGCGCGAGGCGUACGCCGACCUGCCGCUCACGCCGGCGUACCAGGCCCACCUGCGCCGGUCGCACAAGCAGCUCCACGCCCGCAUCCACUCGCUCGGCCUCGAUACCCCUCCCCCCUUCCUCUCCGGCUACGCGCCCUCGCUCGUCAUGUACUCGACCCUCGCCGCCCUGUCGGUCUGGGCGUACCGCUGCGCGCAGGCGUCCGGCGGCGCGUGGGACUGGGUCCUCGCCGCCUCUUUCCUCGGCGCUUUCUGGCACCAGAUCACGUUCGUCGCGCACGACACGGGCCACACGGCCUUGACCGGCGACUGGUGGACCGACCGUCUGUGGGGCGUCGCGAUCGCCGACUUUAUGGGCGGGCUCAGCAUCGGCUGGUGGUGCGACAACCACAACGUGCACCACCUCGUCACCAACGCGCCCGAGCACGACCCGGACAUCCAGCACUUGCCGUUCUUCGCCAUCUCGACUCGGUUCCUCGACGGCCUGCGCUCGACCUACUACGACCGUCUCCUCGCCUUUGACGCGUUCGCGAAAAAGGUCUUGCCGCAUCAGCACAAGCUCUACUACAUCGUCAUGAGCUUCGCGCGGUUCAACCUGUUUGCCCUGUCGUACGGCUUCCUCCUGUCGCGGUGGCCGGCGCGCAAGUCGCCGCUCUUCAAGCUGCGCCUGCUCGAGCUCGUCGGCAUCGCGUCGUUCUGGACCUGGUUCGGCGGCCGGGUCCUCGGCGGCAUCCCGAGCAAGCGGCUCAAGCUCCUGUACCUCCUCGUCAGCUUUGCCGUCACGAGCCCGCUGCACGUGCAGAUCGUCCUGUCGCACUUCUCGCAGCCCAUCUCGAUCACGCCGCCCUCGUUCGACACGACCAAGUGCCCGCUCCCUCGCGCCUCGCUCGAGCUCCUCGAGUCGCACCCGCACCGCCAGCUGCGCACGACGAUGGACGUCUCGUGCCCAGCCUACCUCGACUUUCUCCACGGCGGCCUCAACUUCCAGACGCCGCACCACCUGUUCCCGCGCGUGCCGCGCUUCCGGUUCCGCGCCGUCGCGCGCGUCGUCGAGCAGUGGGUCGCCGACGAGCGCGCCCAGCUCGAGGUGCGCGCGGCCGACCCUGGGCGGCUGUACUGGCGCGGCGUGCGCCUCGGCGAGCACGAGGGCCUCGAGUACAAGAAGAUGGAGUUUGUCGAGGGGAACCGGACCGUGCUCGGCGUCCUGAGGGACGUUGGGGACCAGGUGCGCCUGCUCGCCCAGGUGGCCGAGAAGGAGGCGAGGGAGGGGCACCAUCACUAGACGACGACGACGACGACGACGAGGGGCGCAGGCGCUCGGGCUGUUAUGGACACUGUCAUCACUAUC